AUGCUGGUUGAGUCUUGGCCCAAAGAACUUAUGAUCAAUGAAGAUCUCAUUAAAAAGUCGAUUGAAUCUCUGGUUAAACAUUACAGCGACCCUACGUUUCUACUUUUAGACGAGAGACGAGACUCUGAGGCAAUUAAAAAUUGGGAGGCAGAGCUUGAAGAGUUGAAGAGAGAAAUCCAUGCUUGCAAAUAUGGUAGAGUGUAUAAAAAUAGAAUAAGAUUGGCGUUCUUACUUACAUGUUUCCCUUUUAUAAGUUUAAGGAAUAAGGAAUUAACAUUGGAUCGCUUAUAUACAUCGUCUCCUCAGUUUGCUCAAGACUUAGAAGUUAUGAGCGAUAAAGUUUUGAGUCGCAUAUGUCGUUAUUGUCCAGUUGAUUAUUCUAACUUUGUUGAAAAUAUAUUCUUCCUGACAUGUUUCUUAAGAUUUCCAUUUCGCUCCCAACAGCGUGUUCCUUACUCAAAAUACUUAGAAUUUCCUAACCAUUUCGGUAUUACUGAAAGGGAUAAAAUGAAUGAUGGUGAUACUCUCUCCAUAGAAUUCACAUCCCACAUCGACGAAUUUUACCCCAAACUUCAUAUUCAAGCAAAAAAGCUUGAUGAUCCUGAUUUAGAACUGAUGAUUAAGGACCUUAAAAUUGAUGUACACACAAUAAAACGAACGGGAUAUUUCCUUGCUAACAUUGGAGUUGGAGGAGGGAGCAUUAGUACAGAUCCAUAUGUUGCAUUUAAAUAUUGUUUUUUCAGGCCCAUCACAAAGCUAUUAAGUUACUACUAUCCAACUUUUGAUUGUGAACAAACUCAUGGAAUAGAACUAUUUCCUACAGUUCAACCACCUACCUUUAGUUUCACAACCGAUAACCAUAAUGUGCCUGUAAUUAUGAGAUAUGCGGGCUUACAUAAAAAUUUCAAUAAAGCUAAAAGACAUAAAGAUAUAUUUUCAGUGUCUGUAGAUGUUAGACGACUUGUCAAUGAACUCUUAUAUCUGAUGAUAUACAGCCGGUCAUUAAUGGGAUUUGCGCUUGAUGUAGAUUCUGUAUUAGUGAUAAGAAUAUUAUCAUCCAAAGUAGUUGAUACUGUAGUGAACCCUAAAGAUGGAACCAUUAGCAAGGAAUUAGAUUACGAAGUAUUUUUAUUGGAUCACAGCCUCCAUUAUCCAAUGCUUGGCCUUAUCUUGAGUGCUUUCCUCGAUAAUUAUUUUAAGACUACUGCUUCCAACUCUGUUGAAAUCACUAGAGAGAUAAGAAGAAAAUUAAGAAGUGAGUCUGAAGAACUCGAAGCUUCCAGGCAAAGUAAAAUAGAAUUUGUUAAAAGACAAUACCUGGAACAGUUUGACUACGUUGAUCCCGCGGUAGGAGGGUUUUCUAAUAAAGCGUUCCCAAGCUUGUUCAUAAAGGCAGAGUAUUAUGACAAGGUAUGGGCUCUUCAAUUAGUAGAGACAUUUACUUCCUCAGAUUUUGAAAUAGCGAAGGGGCUGACCUUGAUCGACAGAGAGGAUAUCGUACAUACAUUCAAAGGUGAAUUAGAUGGUAGAAGUGGCACUUUAUAUGUGUACAAAGUAUCGUAUAUCCACGAUGAAAAUGAAGACUUUUACAAGUUGGUUUCAAUAUCUCUUAAUCGAUUUUUAAGCCAUGUGGUAGAAUGUAUUUCCAAAUUUGGUAAGUAUAAGAAAGACUGGUUUAACAUUAAGUACUUUGAUACUGUCAAUGAUAGUUUCCGAUGUGCUUAUUAUGAACGCGAGGAUAUAAGUGGAUUUUCUUUACUACUAUUUUACGAUGCGGAGGAGCUUGAUGAAGAUGAUAAAAUUGAGGAAUAUAAAGGUGAUCCACCGGACUUAUUUGGCAAUGGGAUCAAAAAGAAGCGUCAAAAGUUGAAGUGA